UCGACGUGUCAGAUCGUGUAUCAGGUUUGCCGAGAGCAAACGAGUUAGAAAUUUCUUUUACUAUUGUCUUGUACACCUGUUGAUGGUGUCGGUUGCCAACGCACAAGCCACAUCACCAGUUUUUGUCAACUCACGUGUUGGACAAUGGUCUAUUUGUUUCCAUAGUGCUUUACAUUGUUUAUUAGAAGUUUUGGCUAUUUAGCCUUUUUAAGCUUUUUUUUUCACUUACUGUCCAUAUUUAUUAUCGGCUUCAGGAUGGGAUUUGAUCUCCGAAGGUUGGAUAUCUAUCGGAAGGUUCCUAAAGACCUAACCCAACCGACUGUAACUGGUGCUGUCAUUUCUAUUUGUUGCUGUGCCUUCAUGACAUUCCUCUUCUUCUCGGAGUUCUUUCAUUUCAUUUCUCCAGAAGUAGUAUCUGAACUUUUUGUAGACAAUCCAGGGAACACUGAUGAAAAGAUACCAGUACAAAUUAACAUAACACUGCCACGACUGGCUUGUGAAUAUGUUGGAAUUGAUAUUCAAGAUGAUCUUGGGAGACAUGAUGUUGGCUUUAUUGAAAACACUCUGAAGACACCAUGGAACAAGGGAAAGGGUUGCAUUUUCGAGAGCCGCUUCCAUAUUAAUCGGGUUCCAGGAAAUUUUCAUGUUUCUACUCACUCUGCCGAUAAACAACCGGACAGCGCCGACAUGGCUCAUUAUAUUACUUCACUAACCUUUGGCGAAAUGCUUGACAAAAAAAAUUUGCCCGGGAAUUUUAAUCCGCUUGCUCGUAGAGAUAGAAGCCAUGCCGAUCCAGCAGAAUCUCAUGAUUACACAAUGAAGAUCGUCCCCACUAUUUAUGAAGAUUCAGCCGGAACCACGCUGGUUUCCUAUCAGUAUACUUAUGCUUACUCAAAUUAUGUUUCGUUUUCUCUUGGCGGCCGUUCACCUGCUGCUAUUUGGUUUCGCUAUGAUCUGAAUCCCAUCACGGUCAAGUAUCACGAAAGGCGUCAACCGAUUUACGCUUUUUUGACUUCGGUCUGCGCAAUUAUCGGUGGGACUUUCACCGUUGCAGGGAUUAUCGAUUCUUUUGUGUUCACAGCUUCUGAAAUAUUUAAAAAAUUUGAGCUUGGCAAAUUGAGUUAAAGAAGAAGCCAACAAGUUGGCGAAUGAUUUAACACACGCCAGUGCCCAAGGAAAAUCCUUUUUAAAAUCUCUUGACAAUUAUUGGCAUUGUUAUCGUUUACAGACGAGUGUGUGAAAGAGAGAUGAUAAAAUACAAAACAACAAAC